AUGAUCAAUGUUUUAGCAGUUUUUCAAGAUUUCGGAACUUCUUCGGUCUACUACAGUUAUAACAAUUUCGGAGGUUUCAGAAUUGAAGAAUUCGUUUGGCAUGAGAUAAAGUCAGAUAUUUUUCCAAAUCGAAUGCAGAAUCUUCAUGGUGUUACAUUGCCAAUAUUACUCGGUGGGCCACAGCCAGGAUUGAUAAUCUCAAAAAAUGCUAAAGUCGAUACGAAAAUUGGUGGCUAUGUUGGGAAUAUUUUAAGUGCUUUCGCUAAGAGACAUAAUGCCAGAUUAAGCAAUUUAAAUGUAAACACUUCAGUUGCACCUCGUGAUAUUUAUCCACAAGUUGAAGACGGUACUGUUGAUAUAUUGGGUGCUUUUCCUUUACGUACAGCAGUUCCAGCUAAUUUUUACUCAUAUCCAUUUACUAUUUCUGAUUGGUGUGUAAUGAUUCCCAUAGAGCCGAAAAUCCCUAUCUAUAAGGUGUUUGCUAUUGUUUUUCAUUGGGAAGCUUUUGUUCUGACAAUCGCCGUAUUUAUUGUGCUGUCUGUCUCACGUGCAGUUGUGGAAUUUUUCUCGGGUUCCCAUGAAGUCCCCAGCGUGCGUGUUUUCUUCUUUAACAUUGACUGUUUUCGUGGAAUACUUGGUCAGUCAAUAUCUGAAGAUCCAAAAGCUUCUUGCAGUACAAAAAUUAUCUAUUCGCUGAUAUUCUUACUUGGAAUCAUGAUGGUAACUUCAUACGAUGCAUUUCUUCAAUCACUCAUGACUGAAACUCCAACGGAAAACAUGAUCAGAAAUUUCGAUGACUUGGAAACACAUAAUCUAAAAAUUUACAUUUACAAGACAUACUUCAAAUAUUGGUCAAAAUUACACCCUAAUUUUCAGCAAUACUCAAAUUCAUUUGAAAUCGAAGAUAGUCUUGAAACUUUUGAUAGACUUCGUGAUAGUUUCAAUCCUAAGUAUGCCUAUGCGGUAACUAAAGACAAAUGGAAGGUGUUAAACAGUCAACAAAAUUUCUUUGAUCAACGACGAUUUCGUUGGUCAGAUGAAUUGUGUAUGUUCAAAAAUGCACCAGCUUCAUUUGCUUUGAAUGAAAAUACAAUCUAUAGGAAUAUUUUGAACUCCCAUAUUUUAGAUAUACAAUCAGCUGGAUUGAUGGACUUUUGGACUGAAAAAGCAUUUUAUGAACUGAUUGAGAUUGGAAAGAUUAAAAAGUUGAAUUUUACGAAUGAAUUGAACUUAAGACCGCUUAAGGUUGAAGAUUUUAAAUGGAUUUGGAUAGCAAUGGGAUUAGCGUAUACCGUCGCAACUUUAUGUUUUAUUGGAGGAUUGGAGCGAUAA